AUGUCAGACGAUGAAGAUGUACCGCAACUCUCGGCAGACACCAUGGCUGCUCUUUCAAUGUUUCAAGCCGAACAACAACAGAAGCUGGAGGAGAUGAAAUCUGGAAAAAUUGAAAAAAUUGAUGAAGAUUGGCAAUUAAGCCAAUUUUGGUAUGACGAUGAAACAUCGGACAAAUUGGUUGCUGAAAGUAUUGCAGCAGCAUUGACUUUUGAGUCGAGGCCUGCGAAGAUUGCUUGUGUCUCAUCUCCGACCCUCGUUAAUUUUUUCCAUAAAACUGAGGAAUACAAAAAAGGAGAAAUCGAAUUGAUAUUAUUCGAAUUUGAUCCACGUUUUGGUAUGAAGUUUCCAUCUGAAUUUGUUUUGUACGACUACAAUCAACCAACCGAACUUCCCGCUUCUCUCCUUGGGAAAUUUGACGUUAUUGUUGCUGAUCCACCUUUUCUGGCUGCAGAAUGUCUUAUUAAAACUGCUCAUUCUAUACGCUUGUUGGGAAGAGAAAAUGCGAAAGUAAUAUUGUGCACAGGAGCCAUCAUGGAAGACUAUGCUGCUCGGCUAAUGGCUAUGCAUCGAACAAGUUUUGAACCGAAGCACUCCAAUAAUCUGGCCAAUGAUUUCUCCUGCUUUGCUAACUAUCAGACUCUCACAUUAUAG